GUGUGUGUGUGUGUGUGAGUGUAUACUGUGUGUGUCUGAUUGCUUAUUUCCUUAGUACUUACUCAUAGUGCGUGAUGAAAUGGAUUCAUUCUUUUUUAAUCACCCUUUAUUAUUUCCAGUUGACUACGUACUUGUGCCAAAAUUAACUUGCCAUCCGUGGAUUUUUUUUUACACAAACAGUUUAAAAUCACUUUCCCAUACUAGUAGUAGUGUAAAAUUUGAUUAUGUAUUUAUUUUCUUUCAGGAAUAUUUCUUCAAGGGUGUGAGUGACUCAAAUUCUCUAAGGAUUUCAUCUCAGAUUUCCUUUGGGACAUCCAUGACAGCCUGCGUCAAUUUAAGAUGAACUGAAUUCUGUUAGCAUAGUGGAUUUUUUCAUAAAGAUUAAGCUCUUUGAAUGUGAUGCAAGGUUUGCUGACAGUCUCCAGUACAAAAGUAUCUAGGACAUUGAUAAAUUUACUUUGCCUUCUCAGCUCACAGCAUGUGAGACAAAAAGUUAAAAACUCUGUUGUGAUUGAGAAAGCUGUGGCUGUCGCAGAUGAUUAUGAAGAAAUAACUGGUGCAGAUAUUCAUUUUCGUGAUAACUUCCACCAGUGUUUGACAACCAAGUGCUUUUUGUCCAGGGUCAUAAGUCGCGACACGUUUUAUGGACAAAGACGCGAAGAAGACACAGAGUGGGUAGGCUUAAUUGAGCCUCUUGAAGAGUCAAUUAUUCAGGGCUAUGUUUCAGGAUCGUGUCCUGCUUUCACUUUCAAAAUGUCAGAGCUCAUUCAAAAGAGGGAAUCCUAUUUUAGUAAAUUUUUCUCAGAUGGAAAACAGCAUGUCCUUCCUCUACAGGUUUUGUGUCAUCUAAAGCAAUGUAUACAAGAGAACUCUCAUGCUGUAGUAAACCAAGUGAACAAUGCAGCAGAAAUUUCAGCAAAAUCAGAAACAGGUUUUGUGACAGAAAUAGCCUUCCCUGACCUUGACAUAGACUCUGUCUCCUGCAGUGGCAGUCCCGAUGUUGGUAAAGGUGAAAAAAGUCAGAAGAAAAAAAAGAAAAAAAGGAGAAGAAAUAUUUCAGUUUCAGAAGAAGGAACUCGGCUCCGAGAAGCCUCUGGCAAAAGGAGAUGGAAAAACUCUUCUCAGUCACCCGAGGAAGGAGACAGCAAGGGAGGACGGAAGACUAGGCCAAACUAUUUUGUAGCAGUUCAGGUCUCUGACCCUCAGAUAUCCGAUGUAGCCAAGAAGAUCAAGAAGGGCAUUCAGGAUGCAGCUACUGUUGAUUAUGAUGCAGCUUUCAUCGGAACAGAGAAAUUCCACAUCACUCUUAUGGUCAUGCAUCUUGCCAAUGAAGAAGAAGUUCAGAGAGCGGCUGAAAGCUUAGAUCAGUGUGUCCCAGCUGUAAAGACGCUGCUGUCAGGACAGGCGUUAGCCUUGGAGUUUGAAGGUCUUUCAGCAUUUAGUGGAGGACGAGUUCUGUACGCCUGUCUGAAUGAGUCAGAGGGAUUCACUCAGCUGCACCAAAUAGCAGAGGAAGUUACUAAGCAGAUGGAAGAAAGAGGGAUUGUUAGUACAGACUGCAGGGCAUGGCAACCUCAUAUGACUUUGAUGAAGUUCCAGGGAGAUAAAAGACUGUUAAGACAAGGGAUUAAGCGCGUGGAUCCACUUCUGUAUGAGCCAUACAAGGAUAUAACAUUUGGCACACAAGUUGUCCGCAGUCUGCAACUUUGUCAAAUGGAAAAGAAGAGAGAGGACGGAUAUUACUUUGUGGAUCAUGAAACCGUGUUUGCCCCUAAAGGUUAAAGGGUGCAUUUCUCAGAACUGCCUUACGAUGAAGUCCCACUGCUUUCCUCAACUAUUAACUGCUUUAUGAUUUCUAUACUCUUUUGGUUUUGACCUAUGUGCGCAUAUAACAGGAACAUGAUAACUUGUUUGAAAGUGAAAGCAAUUCAUCUGGACUCGCAAUACUGGUGGCACAGAAAAGUUAUAGCUUGGAACUAGUAAUUUCUUCUACUUUAUGAACUGGAAGCGGAAGAGAGUGUGAUGUUUGUUUUGAUUUAUAUGUGCCAUCAUAUUUAUAUGUGCAAUUUCUGUUUCUGAAUUAGGAAUUUUGAGGGAAAAAAAUUAGCAUCUCAUCUAUUUUCUCUCUUUCUGUAAAUAGUGGUACUCACUCGCCCAGUAAUUCUUCAUUCCCAUGUCUGUAUUAGUUGUGGAGUUGAAUGCCAUUCAAGUUCGCAGAAAGUAGCUGUUCAAAUUACAGUGAGACUUGAAACACUUAGUUUUGUAUUCUUUCAUUAAAUUAACCCUCUCUACUUUCUGUCCGGAGCACCAAGUUAUUGAAAUAAUUUCCAUGCCCCGUAGUGAAGUGUCCUUAAGCUCUGUGACAUAAACUGUCAAAAACAGCCUCACUCUCUCAUGUGAAUUUUUGUGUAGAGCUUUUCUUUGUCACUUAAUAAUAAUAAUAAUAGUAAUAAUAAUAAUACUAAUAAUAAUAAUAUUAAUGAUAAUGAUAAUAAUAAUAAUAAUAAUAACGAUGAUAAUGAGGAUGAUGAUGAUGAUGAUGAUUCAUGUUCCCAAAGAAGCCCGUAAGGGUGAGAGACAUUGAACAUAUUGUAUGUCUUAAAACGUCAAAUGCUCAAGUCUCCAUCAACUUUUUUGCUUUUGUUUUUUUCGUAUUGUACUUACAACGUGAUGAGGAUGAUUAGUUUUUUGUUUAUGAUGAUGCCCCCCCAAAUAGACCCACCUCUUCGUGGUGGGGGGGGAUUAGUACUCUUCGAAUAGGAAAAGAAAAAGAGGAAGCUCGCGGGUCAAGGGGUAACCCCAAAAAGAGACAUAUUACUUAACUAUAUUUCUUACUCUUUCUAUUUAUUGUUGUUAUUGUUUUUAUUGUUUUACUUUAUUACAUUUAUUAACUUUUCUUUUCUCCUCUCUCCAUCGACAACCUUUCUUUGACAUGGAGUUGGGAUGGGUAUUGGUGGGGUGGAAAGCAGAGGUCCAUUGUCAGCACUGUACUGGAUGUGACUUUACGUAGGGAAUACCCAGCUACAUACAUGUAUUAAGCAUGCACUUAUCGGAGAGCCCUAUGACU